UGUUUGCUACACAGAUUUAGCCAGCCACAGAAAGUCUCCAUGGCGAAUUACGAUUUCAUAACACAGAAUGAGUCGAGGGAUGGUGUUCGUUUUAGCUGGAAUGUAUGGCCAUCAAGCCGUCUGGAGGCUACUAGAAUGGUGGUGCCUCUCUCAGCUCUCUUCACCCCUCUGAAGGAGAGACUAGAUUUACCAUCAAUCCAGUAUGAUCCAGUCCUCUGUAGCAGAUCGACUUGUAGGGCCGUACUUAAUCCAUUUUGCCAAGUGGACUACAGAGCCAAGUUAUGGAACUGCAACUUUUGUUUUCAAAGAAAUCAGUUUCCCAACCAGUACAGAGGUAUAUCUGAACAACACCAGCCGGCAGAGUUGAUCAACCAGUUUACGACCAUUGAAUACACACUUGCUAGAGCUCCUUCUGCCCCUCUCAUCUAUCUGUUGGUUUUGGACACCUGUAUGGAAGAAGAGGACUUGCAAGCUCUCAAAGAAUCCCUUCAGAUGUCACUGAGUCUGCUGCCCCCUAAUGCCUUGAUUGGUCUCAUCACGUUUGGUCGCAUGGUUCAGGUCCAUGAACUGGGAUGUGAUGGAUGCUCUAAAAGCUAUGUCUUCAGGGGUACUAAGGACCUUACUGCCAAACAGAUACAGGACAUGCUUGGUAUAGGACGCACACCAGCACAGGCUCAGAGGGGUAACCAGCAACCGCAGCAACAGCAGCAACCACCUAUGAACAAAUUUCUUCAGCCUGUUCACAAAUGUGAUAUGAACCUGACAGACUUGUUAGGAGAGCUUCAAAGGGAUCCUUGGCCUGUCAAUGCCGGAAAGCGCCCUCUUCGGUCCACUGGAGUAGCACUCUCCAUUGCUGUUGGCUUGCUGGAGUGUUUGUUCCUGAACCAUGGUGCUCGUAUCAUGCUCUUCAUGGGUGGUCCACCCACCCAGGGGCCUGGAAUGGUAGUCGGUGAUGAACUCAAGACAACCAUCAGAUCACAUCAUGACAUUGAGAAAGACAAUGUCAAGUUCAUGAGGAAAGCGAUCAAGCAUUAUGAUUCCUUAGCCACCCGUGCUGCUAAUAAUGGCCAUACCAUUGACAUCUAUGCCUGCAAUCUGGAUCAAACCGGUCUACAUGAAAUGAAGAACUGCUGUAAUAUGACUGGUGGUCACAUGGUGAUGGGAGAUUCCUUCGAUACAUCACUGUUCAAGCAGACUUUCCAGAGUGUCUUUUCCAAGGACCCCAAAGAAGAAUUCAAGAUGGCAUUUGGAGGAGUACUAGAAGUGAAGACAUCUCGUGAGAUCAAGGUAUCCGGUGCCAUCGGACCGUGUUCCUCCAUGGAUGUGAAGGGUCCCUGUGUAUCUGAUACAGAGAUUGGAACCGGUGGAACCUGCCAGUGGAAGUUCUGUGGACUCUACCCAAACACCACGGUGGCACUCUUCUUUGAGGUAGUCAACCAGGUGAGUGAUGAAAUCAAACUUUGUCACAUGGUAUUUAUUUGUGUGCUGUUGUACUAUAUUUCUAUCUAUGUGUCUUGUUAAAUAAUUGUCUCAGUUGCAGGAAGAUAAAAAAAGUUUCCUCCAUUGUGACGCUGUCACAUUCUGCUGCGUCAUACGCGUCACUUAUCAUUUACACUUUUACAAACUUGUUACCUGAUGGCUUACGUUUAGAUUUAUUAACACUAACAGUUGUAUAACAUCUUUUGAUGCUGCCCUCAUGGUUCCAUUUUCUAUAAGGUUUAGUGAAAAUUAGUAAAUGCCUCGACUGUGCUUUUAUCUUACAUACAUGUAUCUUGGCAAAUGUUUGAACUAAUGUAAUGAGAUGAAUAAAGUCAAAUGCAUCCACAUUCCCAUAUAUGUGUUCUUGUUGAUGAUGUUGUCUAGAGGGUUCUUAGGAUCAAAGGUCAUAUUUUGUUAGAUAGCUUGAAUGCACUCUGCCAUGUAAAAUGUUAUUGAUUUUUUCAGAUUGUCUGUUUUUGUCCAUCAUAAUAUACUUUAUGCCUAGAAUUUUGUCUGAUAGUGAUGCUUCCUGCGAUAUUCCCCUAAGAGUCUCAUAUUCUAAAGGUUAUAUUUUAGAAUUAUAAAUUAUGACGCAUUCUUUUUACUGCUUGUUGAUAUUUUUAGGCAGAAAUCUAAAUUUGAUUUCUUGUUGUUUUGAGAUUCAUGGUCAAAUCAGUAUUGCUGUUUUUUUUAUUCAUCAUGGUGUCUGUCGGAUAAAAUUAAAAGAAGGUGGAUUAAAGGGAUGGUCUAGGCUGCAGAUAUUUAUAUCUUAAUAAAUAGAGUAAAAUUCACAGAGCAAAAUGCUGAAAAUUUGAUCAAAAUCAGAUAACAAAUAACAAAGUUUUUGGAUUUUAAAGAUUUGCAUUACUCCGGUGAAACAGUUCUAGGCAUGUGUUCAUGAAUAUUCAUUAGGUGGGCUGAUGAUGUCAUCUCCCCAUUUGUUCUUUUGUAUUCUAUUAUAUGAAAUUAGGUUAAUUCAAAUUUUUUUCUCCCAAGAACUAAAACAAUUGGAUUGACAACUGAUUAAAAUGCAUAGUUAUUUAUUGCCGCAACUUAUUUCAUCAUAAUGGAGACACAUCAUUUACACAUGUAUGAAAAAAUGAAACAAAUAUGAUUUCUUGUAAUAACAUAACAAAAAGGAAAGUGUGGAUGUGAUAUCAUCAGCCCACCUAAUGAAUAUUCAUGACAAUGUGCAUAUAACUGUUUUCACAAAAUAUUGAUAAACUAUUAAAUUCAAUAACUUUGUUAUUUGUUAUCCGAUUUUGAUGAAAUUUUCAGCAUUUUGCUCUGUGAAUUUAACUCUUAUUUAUUUAGAUAUACAUAUUUUCAGCCUGGACCAUCCCUUUAAGAAUACCUGUGUUGUGUGUUAAGAUGAGAUUUUACGUUCUAAAGCCCAGUGUCUUGUUUUGAAAAAGCAUGCAGGAAAAUUGCAGUUGUGAUUCUUGAAGAAUAAAAUAUGUUGCUUUUCAUGUGAUUCAAAUAGUGUCGCCAACUCUUUGUUAUGGAGCAAUGAAUUAUUGUAGUAUACUGUUUUGUACAAUCUCUCCCCAGAAUCAGUUAUUCAAAUUUCAGAAACAUUAAAAUGUUACCACUUGCAUUGUUUCCCUAUCCACCAGACACACUCACAUUGCUCCCAUUUUACAAUUCUUACACUGGCUCCCUGUAAAACAAUGUAUUGAAAUAAUUUGUCAACUAUCCACUGUAUUUAUGGUUCUUUUCUGCAGUUCUCAUUUCAAUCAUUAAAACCUACACCCCUUCAAGAUCCGUACAUUCCUCAACUUGCAGUUCUCUCAUUACCUCCAAAGUUUCCACUCAUCCUCUAUUAAAAUUAUGGAACAGCCUUCCUGAAGACAGUGAAAGUUGUUUAAUUUCUGAAACUAAAAAAAAAUCUGAAUACAUUUUUAUUCAAUUCCUUUCAAAUUUCUCUAAAAGCGCCUUGAGCACUCUCCAAAAUGGAUUUGGCGCCAGACAAGUAGAAUUUAUUAUUCUUUUUAUUAUGAUUACUCGUUAUAUACGGUAGAUGUAUAGCUGGAAAUUUGUUUCCAUGCUUUGCUGGUAUUGUAGAACAAUCAAAUCACUGUAUCGAUCAUAGUAAUCAGGGUUUGCACAUGUUUCAAUGUUCGGUUGGGAGAUUGUAGUUUUGACAAAUCUCAUGAUUUUAAAAGCAGGAUAUCAAAUAAAAAUCUGCUACAUUAGUGUAGAAAUGUUAGUUUGUGAAAACACCCCUACCUACAUGUACAUAUAUCUAUUUUCUGUUUACUAGUAUUGCAGUACAGAUUUACCUUUUUACAGAUACUGAAGUGGAAUAAAAAAAAAUAAUGCAGAUUAUC